AUGGCCCUCACCGGGCGAAUAGCGCCGAGCAUCAACGAGGACGCUGCAUACGAAGAGAGCUUCGAGAAUCCCGGCCCAUCGCAGAUCGCCCACGAUGUAACCGGCAAGAUCGACCUGCGCGAGUCGGACAAGUUUCUUCGUCGUGUGAAGAGGAGAGGCGCCGCUGUGCGCGCAGCUCGUGCCGACACCGCGAAGCGCGAGGCGCAAGAGGCGCACGAGGCGAUACUCGAGGCCAAGCAGAAGCGGUGGCUGCUCAAACGCGGGCACCCGGAGCCACCGCCGGAGCUGUCGGAGCAGCAGAGGCGCGAGAUCGAGAUGUGCUUCAAGCUGCUGGACGACGACGGCAGCGGCGCGCUCGACGCGGACGAGCUGUACGACGCGUUCAAGGAGCUGGGCUUCAAGCCCAAGAAGCAGGACAUCGCCAGGAUCUUGAUGGAGAUCGACUCGGACGGCAACGGGCUGCUGGAGUUCGACGAGUUCCUGUCCAUCAUGGGGCAGCAGCUGGCGUUCACCGCGGGCACCAUGGAGACCAGCGCCACCGCGAACCUACUCGCGGGCGGGGACCUGGACUUCCCGUCCGCCGUGCAGGCGUACCGUCGCCAGCGGACGCUGGAGUCGUUCUUCGCGGGCGGGGAGGGGCGCGAGCAGGCAGUGAAGAGUCUGGAGGACGUGAGCCAGUUCGCGCGGGAGCAGCAGGACGAGGACGUGCAGGACCCCGCGGCGUCCGGGAGGGACAACCCCGCGGCGAGGCUGCUCGGCUGGAAGUGGAAGACCUUCGCGCAGGGUGCGGCGCGGCGGCGCGAGAUGGCGGAGUCGCAUCCCGGGUGGAGCGCGGUGGUGGCGAGUGUGGCGGACGGGCGACGGCUGCGGUCGAUGAUGGGCACGGAGAAGAAGGCCAUGAAGUCGGUCAUGGGGCGACUGGACUCGGCGGAGUGGGAGAGCCCGGAGGUGCAGGCGGUGCUCGACAGCAUGCGCUCGAGCGCACGGGAGGGUGCGGCCAGCAGCGCGGCGAACGAGAGCCACCACAGUGAACCUGCGGCGCCACUGCGGGACGACAGCACGGCGAGAGACUCGGCCGCGGAACUCCCCCUGAUGUCGUCCAGGGACUUCACGCUCACGAGCAUCGAUGCAGCGAUCGACGUGUCGAGAGAGGCCUUCGCGAUGGCCGUGGGUACGUCCGGCAGCGCAGUCGGCAGUCCGCAGCGGCGCGCCCGGACGGCAACUUGCCCAGUCAACGCUCACUUGUCACACACCGCGCGCACGCCGCUCGUGUGGGAGCGCGCGCAGUCUUCGAACGUUCUCAGGGGACCGGCAUCCUUAUGGGGCCGUUCUCACACGCCCCUCCGCGAAAGUUUGCUGCGUCAGCGGCAGACCCCCCCUAAGACUGCUCCCAUGCGGAGUAGCGCGAACGAGAUGCGUUCGAAGGGACGCACGCCGCGUUCGAGGUCCUCCAGGUUUUCGACCCGAGAGAGGUCCGUCGUCUCGGGCACGGAGUCCUCCAUCCACCAGAGCUGCGCCGAGCGAGACUCACGAAGGGAAGUGCCGCCUGCCACAGGACGGCCGGACGCCUCGCCGCGCGUCCGGUCGCAGAAGGCAGCCGACUUGCGUGAGAGGCUACCGAAGCUUCGAAGUCAGGUCACGCGCGACCCGGUGCAGCGACGGCCAUACACUGUAGCCGCAGUUCCUGCACGAGAGCAGUGGGACAAGAUCUCUGGCGAUGCCGCCGCGCUCUUCCGCGAGCCACGCAAGCCGAUAUCGCAGCAGCUGAACGACCGCUACAGGCGGGCCUUCGAAGCAUCCCACAAAGACCUCAUCAACGUUUGCGCCGGAUCCGCUGUAGAGGACCCUGCGCAGCAACGAGCAGCCGCGGGGCCGUCCUUGCGAAGCACGUUUCCACGGGUCGUGUCGAAGCGAGGGACAACGUUCCACAGGUGA